AUGAGUCAGCCAAUCCCAGCUCUGGGGAUGGAGCCAGAGGAGGAGGUGAAGGGGGAGGAGCCCGUUGAUCCGCCCAGUGGAUCCACUGAAGAGGGCAUCCCCAAACUGACCGCUGAGCUGCUGGCUGCAAUCAAAGACGAGGAGGUCCUGGACAAAAUGCUGGAUGAGGCCACGGAUUUCGAGGAGAGGAAGAUGAUUCGGGCCGCCAUGAGGGAGCUAUGCAAAAUGAAAAGAGCUCAGAGGGAGCAGGAGCGGGCCUCUCGGCAGCAGCAGUGGGCGCAGCAGAAGAGCGGUCCAGGAGGGUGCGCUGUGGGAGCUGCAGUGAAGAAAGCAGAGAAGCCGGCCGACACCUGUGGACCCAAAGUGCAUCUGCUGUCCCAGGCCUCCAGCUCCACUCCACAUUCUAGAACAGUGGGCAGUAUUUUCAACAGGGGGGGCUGCAGUCCCUUACAGAGUGGUGGGGGCAGGGGCGGGGUUGCGGAGCUGGAGCGCAGGCAGGCAGAGAGAUGCAAGGAGCAGGCGAGGGCCAAGGACAGCACUCCACAGGGGCAGCAGGCCAUUAUGGCCCGACUGGAGAGAGCAACGGGGGGUCCGGUUCUGACCCAGGUCGCACGAGUGCCACGCUCCUCUGGCACCGGUGCCGCAAACAGAAAAGAUGUCAAACAGAUGCUGCUGGAUUGGUGUCGGGCCAAGACCUACUCCUACGAGAACGUGGACAUCCAGAACUUCUCCUCCAGUUGGAGUGACGGUUUGGCGUUCUGUGCUCUGGUUCAUCGUUUCUUCCCUGAUGAAUUUGACUACACCUCCCUCAGCCCAGCCAACCGCAGGGACAACUUCCAGAUAGCCUUCAGCACUGCGGAGAAGCGGGCUGACUGUCCCCCCCUGCUGGACGUGGAGGACAUGGUCCGGAUGCAGGAGCCGGACUGGAAGUGCGUUUACACCUACAUUCAGGAGUUCUACAGGGGUCUGGUGCAGAAGGGGCUCGUCAAAACCAAGAAGGCCCCCUAGAGGCUGCCCACAGCAUGCACUGGCCCUGCGCUGGACUCUGAUUGCUGAUUCGUCACUGAUGACCACCUGACCUUGGACCUCAGAUCAUCUAGAUGCC